AUGACUGUUAAACUUCUCUUUACUUUAACAGCUUUUUCAAUUUUUUCGUUGUCGAAUAGUUUGAGAAUUUUUGCUGUUCUCUCUUUUGGCAGUCACUCGCAUUUUACAUUAGGAAACUCAAUUUUGGAGACACUACAUGAAGGAAAUCAUGAGAUAACUGUCGUUACACCUUAUUUGAGGAAGCUUCCAAUGAAGAAUUUUCGUGAAAUUAGUACAGCUGAUACUUUGGAUAAGUUCAAGAAUGAUCAGCUCUUUGAUGGCUUUGACUUUAGAAAAAUGUCGCCAUUCGACAUGAUGAAGUUCAUCUAUUCCAUGGGUGAUGUUACAGUUGAUACAUACCUAAGCCAUCCAAAUGUACAAAAGCUAAUGAGGUCAGGAGAAUCAUUUGAUAUUUGCAUACUUGAAAACUUCAAUACGGAAGCGAUGAUGGGCUUGGUCGAUAAAUUCAACUGCACGCUGAUAACUUAUACAACGUUUGUUGUUGUUACUUGGAUUGACGAUAUGGCUGGGAACAUAUCGCCUGCAUCAUAUGUUCCCCACCCAUUCCUAGACUACACCGACAAAAUGCCAUUUACAGAACGAUUAAUCAACGCGAUGACAUUUAACAUAGAGAAGCUUCUUUAUCAUUUUGAUCACCUUCCAAAGCAGCAGAAGCUCUUCAAAAAAUAUUUUCCAGAUGCUCUUAGAUCCUUGGAUGAGAUAAGAUCUAAUUCUGCAAUUAUAUUCAUGAACAAUCAUGUCAGUGCUUCCUCACCGCGACCAUAUUUGCCUAACAUGAUUGAAGUUGGUGGAAUUCAUGUUCGACCUGCAAAACCACUUCCAAAACAUAUUCAAGAAUAUCUAGAUGCAGCUACUGAUGGUGCUAUCAUAUUUUCUAUGGGAUCAAUCAUCCAAGCAUCCAAAUGGCCAGAACAUAAACGUGAAGCUUUUGUGACAGCCUUUGAAAAAUUAAAAUUAAAAGUUUUAUGGAAGUACGAAAAUGACACGCUGCCUAAUAAGCCUGAUAAUGUGAUGAUCAGUCCAUGGAUACCGCAGAGAGAUGCUUUAGCACAUCCAAAUGUGAAGUUGUUCAUCAGUCAUGGUGGCAAAUUAGGAACAACUGAAGCUUUUUAUGAGGGCGUUCCGGUUUUGGGAAUACCUAUCUAUGGUGAUCAAAUGAUGAACAUAGCGAAAUUCGCAUCUCAUGGCAGCAGCAUUCAAAUUCUCUACGAAGACAUCAACGAAAAAAUCCUAUCCGUUGCACUAAAUGAGAUUCUCAACAAUCCAAAAUAUAUGAAAAAUGCAAAGAAUUUUGCAGCACGCUUUAAAGAUCGUCCACUGACACCUCAGCAGUCGGUAGUUUACUGGACUGAGUUCGCAGCUAGGAACAGAGGUGCUCAAUAUUUAAAGUCUGCAGCUAAUGACAUGAGUUUCCUACAAUUACACCUGAUUGAUGUUUAUUUCGUCAUUUUAUCGGCAAUUGCUGCCGUUUUGCUUCUUGUUUACAAAUGUAUGAAGUUCUUGUUGUUGCCAGUAAAAUCAUCUGUGAAUACGAAAGUAAACAGACGCAAUAGCAAGAAGAGUCAAUAA